AUACAACAUCCCAAUAGGCCUGCAUGCCAACCUCUCCGAGGGCACUCCUGUAUGUGAGGGGCUCAAGACAAACUCUUCUCUGCUCAACCAAGACGGAUUCUUCCAUGGGAAAAUGGGAUUCAGAACAGCUCUAUCAAAAGGUCUCCUGAAUAUGUCGGAGGUGAAGCAGGAGCUAAAGGCCCAGGUGGAGCUGUUCCGUGAGCUGACAGGUCACCUACCUCCUCACAUGGAUGGGCACCAGCACAUCCACGUCCUCCCAGAGGUCAGGCACGUAUUUGCAGAGGUGUUAGAGGAAUAUGGGAUUAAGUACACUCGUGUCCCAAUAGAGCCAGGCCUUCAUAACUGUGACUGGAUCCCACCAUCCCUGAUGGACUUUUACUUGGGAGUAGAAGAAGACUCUUUUAACACAGUGGAUGUGUUUACAAGGCACGGAAUAAGGUGGCCAGACAUUUACAUAGGUUUGAGCACCAUGGGCAAAAACAUGUCUGUCAGUAACAUCUGGAGCGCCAUCGACGCUGCCAUCGUGGGGUUCACGUCCAAGGCGCCCUUGCCUGCACACCCGACGCCACAGGGCAGGACGGUAACAAUUGAACUGAUGGUGCAUCCAGGGUACCCGAGUGUCCCCCCCGUCGGCGGCUGUGGGGAAGGACCAGAUGACUUCUCACAGUCCUGGGAGCGCCUCCAUGAACUCCAGACAUUAAUUAAGCCAGAGCUGCAGAGCCAUUACAAAACCAGGAACAUUCACCUUUGUUCAUUCAAAGAUCUUUGA